AAAAGUAAAGAUUUUAAAAAGUAUUAUAAGAAUUCCAAGAGCAUAAACAAUAACAAAGAUGUCACUAUUCGGUGCAUUAAUGGGUGAUUUCGACGACGAUCUCGGAUUGAUGAACAAUCACAUGAACCAUCACAUGAACGCUAUGAAUAUGCAAAUGCGUUCCAUGAAUCGUCUGAUGAACACCUUUAUGCCGGAUCCAUUCAAUAUGCUGGGCGCAUCGCCAUUUGAUCCGGGCUUUCAGCAGAACGCAUUGAUGGAUCGUAACCAACAGGCCAUGAUGCCCAUGGGUGGUGGACUGUUUGGCUUUCCAGCAAUGCCCAAUUUCAAUCGUUUGCUUAAUGCCGACAUUGGCGCUAACAAUGGCGCUUCAUUUUGCCAAAGCACCGUGAUGACCAUGUCAUCCGGUCCCGAUGGACGUCCACAGAUCUAUCAGGCCAGCACCAGCACCAAAACUGGACCAGGCGGAGUGCGUGAGACUCGCAAGACCGUGCAGGACUCACGCACUGGCAUGAAGAAAAUGGCCAUUGGACAUCACAUUGGCGAGCGUGCUCACAUUAUUGAAAAGGAACAGGAUCUGCGCUCUGGCCAACUGGAGGAGCGUCAGGAGUUUAUCAAUUUGGAUGAGGAAGAGGCGGAGCAGUUCAAUCGCGAGUUCACAACACGUGCCACACGUGGCGUAAUGCCACGUGGCAAUGGAAAUCAUGGCAUGCAGGCCAUAUGUGCUGCACGUCCGACCACUUCGACAGUUACCAUUGAGCCGUUGGACGACGAUGACGACGAUGAUUGCGUUAUCCAAGAGCCAACUCGCAUUGGUCGUCAAUUGCCAGCCUUGCCAGGACAGCCAACGGCACAGCCGCCGAACAGCAGCGAUACUGACGCAGCAGCAAUAAUAACAACAACAACAUCACCAACACUGUACGAUCUUACAAACAACAACAACAACAACUAUUUGGGCAUCGGCAACUCCGCUGCAGCGCGUCGCGCCUAUUUGCGUAACGGUGCACAUUUGGCCACGCCCCGUCGUCCCUUGCGCACGCCCUCAUCUUCGCCGUUGGCCACCGUUUCCAGCGCUAGUCACAGCAUUGCCGGCUCGCCAAGCGUGAAUCGACAUGCCUAUGGAGCGAAUUCAGCUGCUGCACGCCGACAACAUCGUUUGAAGCAUCACCAUCAACAACAGCAGCAGCAGCACUCACAGGACAGUAGGGAAGUCGAUCAGGAGGACACCGAACCGCGCACCAAAUCAGCCAAGCGAAAUAAACAAUAGAGUACUCUAUAUAUUUGAGAAUGGACAUACCUACGUGGAGGCAAUACACAUAUACACUUUUGUUUGUUGAAGCUACAAUUGCAAUGUCCUGCAAUUGAUUUAACAAACACACACACACACGCAAACAAAUCUACUCACACACACAUUUAAUUUGUAAUUUACAUUUAGCUGCUGUUAGCUACAGAUUCGCUCAGUUGUAUUUUUGAGAUGCAUUGCUCAAAAAUCCAAUUAUAUUAAUCCCCACAACUGUGAGCGAAUCUGUUUGAAUAAAACUUAAGAUAUCGUUAGCAACUUUAGAAUGACAGGCAAACUGUUCACAUCCCCCCUACCCCACCCCUACGUACAUACACACGCACCACACUCAACUAAGAGACAAGAAAAUUUUUAGUUAUAUUAAAUCUAAAACUAAAAUUUGCAAAUGGAAUAUUUUUAAGUUAAACGUGAGAAUUUUUUUAAGCUUUACUUGUUGCCGCAAGAACGGAAGCUAUAAAAACUAAAGAGUUGAGCACUCAAUUUGUUGAAGUCGCAGCAGCUCCUACACUUUAAACGCUAAAAAAAAAAAAA